AUGGCCUACGAUUACGCCCUCGUACAUCUCAAGUACACCAUACCCCCGGCUUGUCUUCUUACUUUCAUUUUGAAGCCGCUUCUUACAAAGCUUGACUUGUAUAAAACAUUUACGUUGAUACUAGUUGCUUUCUUUGCGACACUCCCCUGGGAUUCGUAUCUAAUACGUAAUGGCAUUUGGACUUACCCCCCUGAUGCGAUAGCCGGGCCGCGUCUCUUCAAGAUCCCAGCCGAGGAAUUAUUUUUCUUCGUUAUACAGACUUAUAUCACGUCGAUGCUAUACAUCUUGCUCAGCAAGUCUGUUCUCCACGCUCAAUUCCUUACGAAUAAGGAUGAUUCUUCACUCAAGUCCCGACGCAUACGAAUGACGGGCCAAAUUCUCCUAAUAGGAUGUAUCAUCGUUGGCAUCUCACUUGUCAAAAAUGGAGGCCAGGGGACAUAUCUUGGCCUCAUCUUAAUAUGGGCCUGUCCCGUUGCACUUCUUACAUGGUCAUUUUCAGGCUAUUUCUUAAUUAGACUACCUCCUACCUGUAUUGUAGUUCCAAUCGUCUUACCUACAGUGUACUUGUGGAUUGUAGAUGAGCUCGCUCUAGGACGCGGAACAUGGGCUAUUGAGUCUGGAACAAAGCUCGGCUGGUGCUUAUGGGGGAGCUUAGAGCUGGAAGAAGCCGUGUUUUUCCUCUCUACCAAUGUCUUAAUUGUGUUUGGCCUAAUCGCUUUCGAUAGGGGACUGGCGGUUCUAUACACUUUCCCGGAACUAUUCCCUGUUGUGCCGUAUAUGCCUCCUCUGAGUCUCCUCGCCAAAGCUGUCCUGCUUGAUCCUAUAAAGUAUGACAUGGCACGGGUAAAAGGUAUCAGAGAGGCUGUCCAGACACUACGGCGAAAGAGCAGGAGCUUCUACUUGGCUAGCUCGGUUUUCCCUGGACGUCUUCGCAUUGAUCUCAUUCUUUUAGUAGCAGAUGAUCUGGUAGACGAAGCCCAUGGGGAGAGCGAAGCCACACUAUGGAUUAAAAAGUUGACUAACUACCUUGACCACGUUUAUGGUUCGGAUAGUCAACCCCCAUCUUCGAUUGGUACUAUUAAUAAUUUUGUGGGGGAAAACUUCCCGGAGUCAGCAAGGUCUGCAUUGAUAUUAUUACCAACAAAGCUUCUCCCAAGAAACCCAUUUUAUGAGCUCUUAGAAGGAUUCAAAAUGGACCUCUCCUUUGGUGGGACUAAAAUUUGCCAACAAACUAGACAAUUUCCCAUCCAAGACGAAGAGGACCUCGAAGUUUAUGCACACCGUGUCGCGAGUACUGUUGGAGAAUUAUGUCUGAGGCUCGUAUUCCAUCACAGUACCGCGAAACUUCCAAGCGACAAGGAAUCUAUUCUUGUACUUUCUGCUCGGACGAUGGGACACGCAUUGCAGUACGUCAAUAUUGCCCGCGAUAUCUUGGUGGACGCUGAAAUUGGCCGGGUUUACCUGCCCUCAGAUUGGCUCAAGCAAGAGGAUUUGACAGCUCAGGAUGUUAUCAAAGACCCAACACAGCCAAAAGUAGAAAUGCUCAGACAGAAGUUACUUGAUUGGGCGUUUGAGGAGUAUGAGCGAUCACGAGAUAUCAUGAACAUGCUUCCCCACGACGUCCGCGGCCCUCUCAUUGUAGCUGUUGAGAGCUACAUGGAAAUUGGCCGGGUUUUGCGAGAAAGAACUGGCGUCCCUUCAAAAACUCGUAAGGGGCGGGCAACGGUUCCUCGAUCAAGGCGGAUGUGGGUUGCAUGGAAGAAUCUUUCUACUAUAUGA